AUUACUCAGUUAUAAGGAGUAACAUAAUUACUACAAAACACAUGCCAUACAUGUAUACCCUUAGCAAUUACUUAAAAUAGUUUUCCAAUUAUAUCUAUCCGUACUAAAGUUCCUGUAUCAUAUUCAUAUGUUCUUCCAAGUUGUGAACUACAGCAGAUGUUGUCCCGAAAGCUUGCUGAGGCCCUUGGAUGGACAUCACAAAAGAUUAAUGACAUUGACUGUGUGAAGUUUAUUUGGUGGCAUUUCUAUCAGAUGUACAGGAUACUGCGGAAAGAUACAGCUCAACUAAAGCGAGGGCAUCCAAUCAGUUCAACAAAUGUUGAAGACUAUGAAUUUGGAUUACACGACUCUGAAAUUGCCAGAUAUGUUUACCAUGCCAAUAUGUUCCAUGCUUUGAUGGUUUUCCGUUAUGGCUGCAAAGAAUUAACACCUUAUAUGAUGAAAUUUGUGGAUGUUGUCCCAAAACAUCUCCACAGCACCCCAUUCAAGUCACUCAUGCGUGUAGCAACUGAGGGUGGAGAAUGGACCCAUUACAUGCAUAUUUGUUUUAUUAUCAGCAUUCAACACGAGAUGGUGGCCUUCACAAGCCUGACACAAUCCUUAUGCUGUUGUCUUGGUCAUACCCUGAACAGAUUAGGACUGACUUUGAGCAUUAUGCGCAACGACAUGUUGCAGCAUAUACAAUUCAGAAGGGGUGGAAGACUCAUGUCCAUCCUAGACCAAAUCCUCCAGUUGCUGUGUCUGGUGUAAGUGUAGUUAGGCAAUUGUUGCCACCAAAGAGGAUGGACUUUGUUUUAGUUGGAAGAAUGCCUGGAUCAACACAGAAGAAAUUUACAGAGAAAGUGGAACAAAAUGGUGGAAGAGUUAUUUCAAUGUCAAAAGAGAACCUACCUCAUGAAAGAUGUUAUCUAGUGUGUUCAGAAGAUGAGGUCAAAAGAGAUUGCUCAAAGCUUAACAGUGAUUUGGUGAUGGCCUACCAAAGGGGAUGGACAGUUGUGAAACCAAGCUUCAUCAGAUUGAGUGGGCAGUAAAAGAAAGAAUUCCACCCAACGUAGAAGAGCAUGCAGUAAACUUGACCCCUCUUGCAGCUUUGUCGACAGGUGCAUGUGGUGUAAUGCAGCAGUAUGUAGAACGGUUACGAUUUAGUAAAGAGAUUUCUGGUUUUGCUUCCCUGAAGAGAACAAUAAGAGAAGUGGAAAAGGGCCCAGUGAAUGAAAGUGGUAACAAAUCUCAGAUGAGAGUUCACAAGAAGAAAAAAGACGCAAUGGUUUCCCCCAAAAAGCCACCAAAUGGUUGGACAGCAUUUCUCAAUGAGAAAUUGAAAGAGAGAGUGCAAAACAAUCAGAGUCCUGGACGAACAGAAAGGAUGACGUUCCUCUAAUCAAUUCAAAGCAUGGUAGAGGACUGGCGAC